GUAACUUCUACACGACUAGCCGUGCGACGGCCUCUGAACCCGUCCAUCUCUUAGCAAGGACUGGUCCGACGAACCGCCCGUCCCCAGGACUCGGUCAAAUAUAGACAUGCCGGCCAGAAUCCGGAUUAGCGGCGUCCGAGUUGGGUUACUUCUUCGGAUAACACCCACGUCCCAGACGGCGAGCACACCCGCCUGCUCCCCCCGGACACCACCGUCGGCACCAUAUUUGUUGUGCUGGCGGGGCGUGAGUGGCUGUGGGUAUUCGUGCAACGCGGCAGGCAAAUGUCGUUCAUCGACGGACCGGGUGGACCCCCCCCCGCCCGUUGGUUGCUACGAGGCUCGCACAUUCGACGGCGGACAGUGGACGGGAUAACCAAAAAGAAGAAGUGGUACUACUACUACUCUAUUUGGGGUAGAGGUAAUAUCUCUUUAACACUCUCAAGCCAAUCUACAGCAGAAUCCACGACUAGUAAAAGCCAU